CACACCUUUUAGUAACCCACCACACAGAGUCUUUCUACUACUCGCUACUUUUGAUAAAACAAUGAGAAAGUGAAGAAAAAAAAAACACUUUGCCUCUCGUUUAUGCAUCUGUUCGAUCCUGAAAUCCAUAUGAUCCUCUGAUAUCCUUUUCCCUGUCAGUCCUCUUCUUUUCAAUCUGAAAUCAGCUAAAUCUACUGACUUUACAAUGACUAAAGAUACGGAAAACAAGUUCUUGAAUGUGGGUCUGCUCAUUUUGACCACUCUACUAGUGGCCAAGCUUAUCUCUGCACUUAUAAUGCCUAGAUCUCAAAAGCGGUUGCCUCCGGUUAUGAAGGGUUGGCCUUUGAUAGGAGGCCUCAUUCGAUUCCUUAAAGGACCCAUCGUCAUGCUUCGUGAAGAGUACCCAAAACUUGGCAGUGUUUUUACAGUGAACCUAGCUAACAGGAAGAUUACUUUCUUGAUUGGCCCUGAGGUGUCUGCUCACUUCUUCAAGGCCUCCGAAGCAGAUUUGAGCCAGCAGGAGGUGUAUCAGUUCAAUGUGCCUACUUUUGGUCCUGGUGUUGUGUUUGAUGUGGAUUACUCUAUAAGGCAAGAGCAAUUUCGAUUCUUUACAGAGGCUCUAAGAGUGAGCAAACUCAAGGGAUACGUGGAUCAGAUGGUGGUAGAAACAGAGGACUACUUCUCAAAAUGGGGAGACAGUGGGGUGGUAGACUUGAAGUAUGAGCUCGAGCAUCUGAUCAUUUUGACAGCCAGUAGAUGUCUACUUGGACGAGAAGUUCGUGACAAGCUUUUUGAUGAUGUGUCUGCUCUAUUCCAUGACCUUGACAAUGGAAUGCUCCCAAUCAGUGUUUUAUUCCCAUACUUGCCCAUCCCAGCUCAUCGCCGCCGUGAUCGGGCACGCAAGAAGCUUGCAGAAAUCUUUGCAAAUAUUAUAAAUUCCCGCAAGCUUGCUGGAAAAUCAGAGAAUGACAUGUUGCAGUGCUUCAUUGACUCCAAGUAUAAAGAUGGUCGCCCAACAACCGAGUCUGAGAUCACAGGCCUGCUCAUUGCUGCUCUCUUUGCUGGGCAGCACACCAGUUCCAUCACCUCCACUUGGACAGGAGCCUAUCUUCUGCGACACAACGAAUACCUAUCUGCUGUGUUGGAGGAGCAGAAGAACUUGCUGAAAAAGCAUGGGAACAAAGUUGACCAAGAUAUUUUAUCCGAGAUGGAUGUCUUGUAUAGGUGCAUCAAGGAGGCCCUCAGACUCCAUCCUCCAUUAAUUAUGCUUUUACGGAGCUCACAUAGUGACUUUAGCGUGACAACACGAGAUGGGAAAGAAUAUGACAUCCCAAAGGGCCACAUAGUCGCAACAUCUCCAGCAUUUGCUAACCGUCUUCCUCAUGUCUUCAAGGAUCCAGAAAGGUAUGAUCCUGACAGAUUUGCUGCUGGGAGAGAAGAAGACAAAGCAGCAGGGGCAUUUUCAUACAUUUCUUUUGGAGGUGGCAGGCAUGGGUGCCUUGGCGAACCAUUUGCUUACUUGCAGAUAAAGGCUAUAUGGAGUCAUUUGCUGAGGAAUUUUGAAUUUGAGCUCAUAUCUCCUUUCCCUGAGAUAGACUGGAAUGCAAUGGUCGUUGGUGUGAAGGACAAGGUGAUGGUGCGCUACAAGCGGCGUGAGCUUUCAGUUAAUUAAGGGAACAACUUUGUGGAAGUUUGGACAACUUGAAUUUCUGUCGAAUGAAUUUUCCCCAUCUGUGCUUUGGUUUAUUUGUGCUUCCGAGGUCCCUGCCCGGUGAUUACUUUAGGUUGUUGCAAUGUUUUGUUUGAAUUUGGGGCUGUAGACCUGUGUUAUUUUAGCAAUCCAGUUGAGUUUUUUAUAAGCAGUGAAAUUAGUAGUCUA